UGUGCACAGGCUUUUAUCAUUGGUGCACUGUGACGGGACAUUUUCGUUUGAUAUUACGCCUGUGUUAUAUUAAAUGCGAAUUCGUCCGUGAAUUCGUUAUAUAUAAGGACAAUGAGCUAUCACAAAGGUGGUGGUAACAAGCCAAAAGGUUUUGGCUUUGCUGGUUUUCAAAUGGCUGGAACAAAAAGAAGUGGUACUAAUAUACCUCCACCUCCACCAAAUUCUGCUUUGAGUAAACAAGGCUAUCAUACAAUGUCUGCUAUUACGGAAAAUGCUUUAUCUGCUUCUUGGGGCAUGCCUAAGAAACGCAGUAAAACAGAAGAAGAAUAUUUUGAGGAUGAUGAUGAACCUCCAACUUCAUUAGAAUAUAUACCAGCACCUGGUUCUCCUACAUAUGAUUUAAUGAAGAAAGCAGUAAAAGAUGAAAGUGAUAGUGAAGAGGAUCCUCUAGAUGCUUUUAUGGCAGGUAUCGAUGCUGAAGUAAAGCGAAAUAAUUCAGUGGCUCAAUAUGAUAUUGAUCGUAAAGAAGAUAAAUCUAAGGGAUUUCGGGCAGAUAUUGAUGGAGAAGAUGAUGAAGAAAGUUAUUAUAGGUACAUGGAGGAAAAUCCCACUGCUGGUUUGCAACAAGAAGAGUCCGAUCAAGAAAUCGAAUAUGAUGAAGACGGUAAUCCUAUUGCACCAUCAAAGAAAAAGGAAAUAGAUCCAUUACCUCCGAUUGAUCAUAGCGAAAUAAAUUACGAACCAUUUGAGAAAAAUUUUUAUAAUGUGCAUGAAGAAAUUGCAAGUUUAAACAAGCAGCAAAUUGACGAUUUGAGAAAAACUCUGGGUAUAAAAGUAUCUGGACCAUCACCGCCAAAUCCGGUUACUAGCUUCGGCCAUUUUGGGUUUGACGAUGCACUUAUAAAAGCUAUUCGUAAAAAUGAGUACACGCAACCGACGCCUAUCCAAGUGCAAGCAGUGCCCGCUGCUUUAAGCGGACGAGAUAUAAUAGGUAUAGCGAAAACAGGUAGCGGUAAAACAGCCGCAUUCAUUUGGCCGAUGUUAGUACAUAUCAUGGAUCAACGUGAAUUGAAAGCUGGUGAUGGGCCUAUCGGUCUUAUUCUGGCGCCGACGAGGGAGUUAUCUCAACAGAUCUAUCAAGAAGCGAAGAAAUUUGGAAAAGUUUAUAAUAUUCAAGUAUGUUGCUGCUACGGCGGUGGCAGUAAAUGGGAACAGAGCAAAGCAUUAGAGAGCGGCGCAGAAAUUGUAGUUGCUACUCCUGGUAGAAUGAUUGAUCUUGUUAAGAUGAAAGCAACGAAUCUAAUUAGAGUUACAUUUUUGGUUUUAGACGAAGCUGACAGAAUGUUUGACAUGGGAUUUGAACCUCAAGUACGAUCUAUAUGCAAUCAUGUGAGACCCGACAGACAAAUGUUGUUGUUUAGCGCAACAUUCAAGAAAAGGGUAGAAAAGUUGGCCAGAGAUGUUUUAAUGGAUCCUGUUAGGAUAGUCCAAGGAGAUGUUGGUGAAGCCAAUACUGAUGUAACGCAACACGUAAUGAUGUUUCACAAUAAUCCUGGAGGUAAAUGGAACUGGUUGCUGCAAAACUUGGUUGAAUUCUUAAGCACUGGCAGUCUAUUGAUUUUCGUUACUAAAAAGCUGAACGCGGAAGAACUUGCGAAUAAUUUAAUACUAAAAGAAUUUGACGUAUUACUUCUACAUGGUGAUAUGGAUCAAAUUGAGAGAAACAAAGUGAUUACAGCUUUUAAGAAGAAGGAUGUCAGUACUUUAGUUGCUACUGAUGUGGCCGCGCGAGGUUUGGACAUUCCACAUAUCAAGACUGUCGUAAAUUAUGACGUAGCGCGAGAUAUCGAUACACAUACACACAGAAUAGGAAGAACAGGUCGUGCUGGUGAGAAAGGCACAGCAUAUACUCUCGUAACGGAAAAGGAUAAGGAAUUUGCUGGACAUUUAGUGAGAAAUUUAGAGGGAGCGAAUCAAGAAGUGCCAAAGAGUUUAAUGGAUUUGGCCAUGCAAAGCGCAUGGUUUAGGAAGUCAAGGUUCAAAGGGGGGAAAGGGAAAAGUAUAAAUGUCGGUGGAGCCGGACUUGGUUUCAGAGGUAGACCCGAUUCGUCGAGUUCGAGUGGAUCGUCAUCUCAAACAUCCAAAGAUAUCAAUGAUGUUGUGAAAAAAUUAGAAAGGCAUGGACCUGGUAGCGAUCGACUUUCUGCUAUGAAAGCUGCUUUUCGAAGUCAAUAUAAUUCUCAGUUUCGAGCGUCGUCGGAUCACACGUGGGAACAAACAAUCACUCCGCCUUCGGUAAUAAUGCCCCCACCGCCGACAAUCCCAUCAUCAAAAUCUACAUUACAAGAUAAUCAAACCUCCAAUUCUAUGGGAACAGAGAAGAGUGAACGUAAAAGAGUGCGAAAAAGUCGGUGGGAAUGAUCAAAUAAAUGUAUUAUUGUGUAUACUAUAUAGUAAUUAGUAUAACGCAAUCGAAACAAUAAAAACAUAUUUGUUUUGUA